AUGGUGCGACUGUUGGGUCUCACUGGGCCGAUCGCUUGUGGAAAGUCCUCUGUCAGUCAACUCCUGGCAGAGUCAGGCUGGCCAGUGGUGGAUGCGGACCAAAUCGCACAUCAGAUUCUGGCGGAUCCCACAGGUCCUGUGCACCAACGCAUUGUCUCCGAGUUUGGCCGGGAUGUUCUGAAUGCAGAGGGUAUCAUCGAUCGAGACAAGUUGGGAAAGAUUGUAUUCACAGAUCCCGCGAAACGUCGCAAGUUGGACAAGGUUCCUCCAGCGUUCCAGUGCGUGGCCCCCCGAAGACGCUUGUGCCUGUCUUCUGUGCUGGUGAUUGUCGUGCUGCCUGAAGUUCAGCUGAAACGGCUGAUGGAGCGCAACAAUCUGACUAAAGAGGAGGCGGAAAGGAAGAUUGCAGCGCAGCUUUCUGGGGAAGAGCAACGGAAACGGGCAGACUUUGUGAUUGAGAACAAUGGCACUUUGGAGGACCUCAGGGCCUCCGUCCAGGACUUCCGUCGGGAGGCGCCCGCUGGGUGGCCAGUGAGCCAGCUGGCCCUGGCCGCCGCGGCUGCGCUGGCCGCAGGUGGCACCUCGACGCUGGCCGCCAGCAAGGCUGGAUUCUCUAGCCUGGCCCGGAGCGUUCUCGGCUGCUUUGGAUUUGCCGCCACCGCGAUGUGUUUGAGUCGCUAA